UAGUUCCCGGCACGACCUGUAGAUAAGCAUUCGUGGUCCUAGACCUUGGCAGAGAAGUGUGGCUGGAAUCAGUUUACUUACAGCGAAGAUGGUUCCUACAGGAAGCAUGUUAGCAGUGUUGGCAGUUGCGAUCGUUCUCCCCGUUGUACAACCAUUCACCAUUCCAUGUGUGGGAUGCACGUGUUUUGAUAAAGACACCAAUCACGUGAUAGACUGCAGUGGUCGUAACCUAACCAGUGUUCCAGAUGGUGUCAGAAAUCAAGGCGACGUAUACGAAAUCAAUCUUUCAGGAAAUAAACUAACGCACAUGCAUUAUUCAGACUUUUUAGGCACCACUGCAGUAAAGGUUGAUCUUAGUGACAAUCAGAUACGUAAUAUAGAUGACGGCACUUUCGGUGUGUCGUCCAAUAUAGAGAGUCUUGAUCUUCACAAGAAUCAACUGAAUUCGUUACCGGAAGCCUUAACUCGUCUGAGGAAGAUAAACACACUUGACGUCAGGGAUAAUCCCGACAAUAGCGAUAUUCCUAUAAACCUGACUAACGCCAUCAUGAAGGAGAUGGGGGAUACCAUCCAGAAAUUUCAAUUUGGACAUCGUAAUCUUGACCAUUGGCCGCCGACUAUUAGUCACUUUCAAGACUUACAGGACCUAACCUUGGACCAGUCAAGUGACCAGCUGAAGGUCAUUCCACCCAUGGCCUUCCAUUCAUUCCAGAGUACGUUGUUGGUACUAACCAUAAAAAAUACAAAUCUCGUAGCUGUUCCACUUGGUGUUAGCACCCUUCGGCGAAUUGACGAAUUCCAUUUCGAUAACAAUGUCAAGGUCGGUAAUGAGGGUAUAGUUGCACAGGCCUUUGUUCGUAACCACACAACCCUGAGAACUCUCAGUCUCAUCAACGAUAACCUCUCGAGCUUCCCACGUGCCCUGGCAUACAUUCCAACCCUCCGUAAUUUAGACAUGAGCAACAAUGGCCUGGAAUUUAUCAGUGACGAGUCCAUCUUGAAUUUGGGUAUAACUAAUUUGACAAUGCAUUUUUGUAACCUGGACAGAAUCCCAGGUGCCUUGUUCCACCUUAAACAUUUAACUCGGUUAGAUAUGGCCGACAACAAACUAGUAACGGUAGAAAACAACGACAUCCAAAACAUCCCAGAGGUCACGAAUCUUACACUUGCACGCAAUCCAAUCAAGUUUAUAUCGAAUACUGCUUUCGGUAAUCACACAAGUCUGGAUUCUGUUGAUAUCAGUUAUACAAAACUCACUACGAUACCCGUGGCUUUCAACACCACCCACGUCGACAACAUCAACCUGGUAGGAAGCCACAUCGACUGUAUGUGCGAAUAUGUUUGGGUAAGCACCAUUGUCAACAAUUUCGAAGGUUGCUGUGCAAAUAUUGAAGAACGCAUCGAAGACUACGUUAGGAAGUACGUACCGCUUUGUCCCGAAUACAUAGAAAGGUAUGGACUGGGUCGCACAGCUGAAGCCGAUCUGCACGCUCAUAUACAGUCAUUAGAUAAAUCCGGAUGUUAAUUUCCAUAUUAACAUUGAGGCAAUGACCAUACAAAGGGCCGGUCAGAAAAAUCAUAAUAAUACAAAAUACAACAAUUUCACAUUGCAUGAAGAUGAUUGGUGUCAAGGGCUGUUUCGUUUCUAUAUUUGUGAUUGAGAUGUAAGUUUUAAUUGAUAAUAAUCGCCCAAUGGUAUUGUGUAUAAUUUCAUGUCUUUUAUAAUUAAAAUUAUAUAAUUUAUAAGUGUUCAAACGUUCGUCAAAAUCCCAAUUAUUGUUAAGAUAAUCUAUACAACAAUUAAUCAAAGAAGUGCUUAUAAUGUGUAUACAUGCCGUACUAAAACACCUGUGGUGUUGAAUACAAAACAAGUGUGAUCAGUGUCAAAAUGUUAUUAAUAAAAUUUCAUAAUGGUAUUA